AUGGCCAGCACCUCACGCAAGAAACCUCGACUUGCACAGCGCACCACUGAUGGGCCAGCUUUGGGCUACGCGCCCAAACGGACUCAUCCCAACGGCAACACUCCUCCUAGCUUGUCGGUUUCUUCGAGUACGCCCGUCAUUCUUUAUCUGGCGUUUUCUCCCUCUUCUCCCCUUCCUAUCGCGUCCAUCCAACCACGUCCGCGUACACACUAUGUGAAGUUGCGCACAACUCAGGGGAGGGGAGGUAGACCGUGCGCGUCGUCGAGCGAGGGCUGGGGACUAACUGCGGCGAGGGAUAGGUCAAUCAACAAUGUGCUCGGCUCACGGCUCACGCUCCUCCUCGGCACGACUAGGGCAUACAACAUUCACCAUGGUGUCGGCGGGUUCGUUAUCGCGGCAGGCGCGUACCUCGGCAUCAGUGCCGGCUUCCUCUGGACCGCCCUGGGCUCCCUGCUGCUCGCCUACCCCGCCGAGCAGCAGAAGGGCACGUUCAUCGCCAUCUUCUGGUUCAUCUUCAACCUCAGAGGUGUCAUUAGCGCUGCCACGGUCUCCCUCGGCGAAAACUUCGACAACACCCGUCGCCAAUGGGACAUCGCUCCUGCUCGCCCAGCCGCCGCGCACCCUCCGGGAAGUGCGCGCGCGCACCACCGUGUACCCUCCGGGGCGCGCGCGCACACCAUGACGUGCUCCCCGUGUCCCGACGCGUCUCCGCCGCGCUACAGCCUGGGACCACGACCCCUGAGGCCUGACGGUCACCCGAUGAGCCUGCGGCACGCGCCACACGAGCCCCUCUCACCGGGCAGGACGUCGAAAGGCGCGCGGCGGCUCCGUGCUAGCCCAACCUUUCCGUGCUGCUGCCAUAUGCGAGUCGAGUAUUUUUUCGAGCUACUGACGAGCACGCCCCUGCCCCCACGCACCUACCGGCUCCGACUCAGCAACACCGGCGUCAGCGUCCCGAUCAGCUGGCUUAUCCUCGUCCUCGUCGCUCUGCGUGGCCGGCUUCCACAAGCGCAGCACCGCCGCGUGCUGCCGUGUCGCGCGUGCGACGAACUCUGCCGUCGGCUCAAGUUCGUUGGGGCGUCGUCGCGCUCUGAGAUGAACUCGCCCUGCCACUGGUCGCCCCAUGAACUACACGGCGAUGCGCAUGGCACCAUCCGGAGCAGGUUCGAUCUGCAACAGCGAAACAUUUCAGUGCAUCUGAAUUGGUCUUUUCGUGGCAUUGCACCACCAGGAAAUGGUCGUUUCGAAAUCAUCUGUACGCUCAGGCUAGAUCACCACUCUCAGAAAACAUGUUCAUCAUCGAACAUGGUGUCCCCAGCAGAUGAUCGGCACUGUUCAUCUCGGCCCGAGGCAAUGACCGGCCCUGCUCAGCCCGACCCGGUUCUGGUCCGGGCGCGUUUCGUGAUAAGGCUGUUUGCAGCUCCGGCUCACUUCGCGGGUAAACCCGCAAUGAUCCGGAGCCGUGAGCCGGGGAUCAUGAGCCGGACGGCUCCAGCUCUUUCCGGCUCCGGCUCCCUGCAGCUCCGGAUCAAGGGGGCUGAAAAUUGGCGGAUCUGCGGUGCUUUUGGCGCCUGCAUCCGGCGUCUGCACGCGGGAAUUCGUCCCGAUCGGGCAGUGUUCGGAUUCGAAUGCGGGCCUCGCGCGUCACUUGCUCGCCGUCAUCCCGCCCCCUCUUCUCACUCCUCCUCCGCUUGCCUUCCACCCUCCGUCCGCACGGCAUCGUCGCGUGUGCGCGCGCCGCCGUCCUCAAGGCCUCAAGCCCAGGAGCUGUGCCGUGGGGUCGCGGUGAGCUCCCGCGGCCCCGAUCUCCUCUGGUACCUCCGCGUCGUCUUCAGCGCCACGCGUCUCGCGCGCACCUCCCGUCUCGCGCGCACCUCCCGUCUCGCGCGCACCUCCCGUCUCGCGCGCACCUCCCGUCUCGCGCGCACCUCCCGUCUCGCGCGCACCUCCCGUCUCGCCCGUGUCUCGCGUCUCGCCCGCGUCGCCCACAUCUGCCCCGCGUGGCCGGAUCCUCCGCCCACACGGCGUCAUCCCGCACGCGUGCGUGGCCGUUCUCUGGGGUCGCGCCCCUCAGGCCUCCUCCUCUCCCCGUCCACAGGCGUCAUCUCGCGCGGCCGUUCCCAAGCCUGGGAGUUGAGUCAUGAGAUCGCGGCCAACGGGCGCGCCCGUCUCGCGCUCGCGCUCGCCCGCGCUGCGCUAGUCCACUCCGCCUCGCCUACUCCGCCUCUCAACCGCCCCCGCGUUGCCAAAUCCGCGUCACGUCGUCCGCGUCACCGACGUCGCUCGCGUCGCCCGCAUCGCCCAACCUCUGUCAUCGCAUUCGUGCGCGCCCUGCUCUUGCGCCUCACGCCCACGUCAGCCACUCCACCCGUCUUGCCCUGCCUCGCCGAGUCGCUGCCGCCGUCUCGUCCACCUCGCGCUCGCCGGCCUUGCCCACGUCGUUGCCACUUUGCCCAUACCGCCUACGUCUCCCUCGUCACCCACCUCGAGCAAGUCUCCCACCUCGCCGGUCUUGCUCCCCCAUCGCCGACCUCGCCCGCACCCGCUGCCCCGUCCCCCGCCUGCCCUGUCCCCUGCCUGCCCCGCAUCAUCCGUGCCACCGACCCCGUCCGUGUCGCCCUCAGCCGCAAGCAUCACCCACCUUGUCCUCACCCACCUCCCCCUAACCCACCAUCGCCCACCUCACCCACUUCGCCUGCGUCUCGCCCGCGUCGUCAUCUGCUUUGCACCCGCGUCGUGCCCGUGUCACCCGUCGCGCGCUCGCCUUGCCCCCGCCUUGGCCCCGCAUCGCCCGUCUCGUCCGCAUCGCCCGCGCCGCCCACCUGUUCCGGCACCGCUCGCGUCACCCUCGCCACACCCCAUCGUCCUUUCCGCAUCGCCCUCUCCACCUCGCCCACCUCGCCCAUACCCGCGGGUCGCGGCCCUGCUCGCCGCCUAUCCCUUGUCCUCCGCGUUGUCCUCAGCGCCACAUGUCGCCCAUGUCGCCCGCCUGCCUUGCAUCGCCCAUGUCACCCGUGUAUCGUGCCCGCUUUUCCCGCCUCGCGCAUGCCUCGGGUUGCCCACCUCGCUCGUUUCGUCCAAUUGUAG